AUGCCUCUUACUACCUGCUCUGGGCGCCAGCCAAAAGCACCACUUCGAGCCGAUCAUGUUUCCACCCAUACGUCUGAUGGCAACCAAGCACGUUCCCGCCCUGGUCCGAAGUCGGUCAACGCCAAUUUACCUCGCCCUCGGCCUAAGCCUCGUGCCUUGGCAAGGCGCUCAUUCGUCAGGAACAAGUCCAGUGGCGCGAGUGAGGAUCCCGAGGCCCAGUUACCUGACAAUGGCACAGAUAAUGAAACACCGCUAGCUAGUCUCGAGGACGACGGUGCUGUUCUCGACAAUGAGAGUGACACAGUUCUAUCCAAUGGUAAAUGUAAUGAUCCUGCAGCGACGAAUGAAAGGGAGACAACAGCCGCUCCGUCCGACAGUGAAAUUGGCAAUCCCGCAGCGACAAAUGAACCAGAUGAGACUGGGGGUGAUUUUUUCUUCAAACAUCUUAUGUCCGACGGUGAGCACAGCAGUACCGUAGCAACGAACAACCGGGUCAAUCCUGCAGUUCCGUCUUCGAAUGAAGCGAAUGAACGCGAUGGUAAUGCAGCGGUGAAUGAAAGGGGCAUGGAUGCAUCUCCAUCCAACGGUGACAGCGUGAUCCAAACAAACGAAGGGGAGAAAACCGCAGUCACUCGCCCGCGCAGAUCCGGUGCUCAAAAGUCGUACAUUCUUUCCCACGAGGGGAAAUCCUCAGAGAGCUCUGGUUCUGAUAGCGACUGGGCUGAAACAGAAGAGAAACGAAAGAAGGCAGAGUGCCGUGCAGACCCCAUGAGGUCCCCAAGACUGUCUGCAGAGGGACAGCAGAAGGGAAUGGCAGAGGCAGAGGCAGAUGACCCUGAGGAUGAUUCCGAGGGCUGCGACGAAGAAGACAAGCUUGAAGACGGGGACGAGACCACACGUAAAGCGGGCAGGCUAUCUAAGGAAGCCAUUUUGGCAGUACAUGAUUUUGGGAAGAGGGUCCAGGCGGAAGCGACCGAAAUUGGCAAACGGUUUGGGAAACAUCGGCAGGUCAUUCUGAUGGAGGCAGGAUUAGCGAGGAAAGCAACUCGCAAGGAGUCCAUUUGGAAUCAGCAUCAAGCCUGGUUUAAAACUGUGCUGCACCCGUCCAAAGCAGCGAGCUUGCAGGCAUGGAAAGCCAAGCAAGCUGAGCAUUAUCAUGCCCACUCAUACAAGGACCCUAAGAACGCGGCUCUCUGGAAGCAAAUCCGAGAGCAUUUUGAUCACGCGAUUGCUAGUCCUGACGAUCUAUCCUCUCGCGAGUCGUGCAGUCUUAUGAUGGCAGUCCGUGAAAUGUUUGCGAAAUUGGCUUUGUACUGGCACUGCACAUAUGGAAUUCAUGUCGCUGGUAUUGUGAUCUAUCCAGGGGAUGAGGAAUCUGGCCGCCAGGCAUCCGGCUUUUUUGCGGGCUCAGAUAUUGUGAAGGCCCUCAUUGACGCUCAACGAGUAGAUGCCAAGCAUAUGAUAGAUGAGAUCACGACAAUCCUUAAGUACAAGGACUUAGAAGCUGCACAAGCAGCUGGCAAGAAUAUUAAAUUUCUUCCGCCGCCUGCCCCAGCCCCCAAUGCCUCGCUUCUACGCAACGGUAAAUCCGACAGGGAUAGAAAUCACAUGGUUGCACCUGUGGUUAUCAGCGAAGCAUUCGCUGAUGCUGGUCAUGCGCUAAAGACUUCGAAUAGCAGGUGGAUGACAAUGCUUGACGUCCUGUACUCGACAAGGUUAUGCAUCCAUGACUGGCCCGCAGGAGUUCCGCCCCCUGGCCCUGAUUUUGACCUCAAAUCACUGUCCGCAAGUCAGUUACGCGCCCUUGUGGGUCCGUAUUUGAGGAUCCAUCUUGGUGAUACGUAUGAGGCUGAGUUGGGCCGAGAUGAGGAUGAGGAUGAUACCGAUGCAGAGAAAGCUAAGAUGGCCAAGCGGAAAGGCAAGUCCAAGAAGUCUGAUGAGCAUCGACGGACAAAGGGUGCUGUUGUGGAGGUGCCCGAUGUUCUCUUAUCUAUCCAGGAUUGGAGUCCUCUUCAGGUGCAGGAUCUCAUCUCGUACACUGGCGAGGUGUACACAAUUCCUCUGGUCAUUGAUACAGAUGGUGUCAUCUUACGUCGUCUCAAAGAUUCAGAAAAAUUUAUCAAGGACCUCCCUCCCCACGUUACUCGCAAGCAAAUAGGCAAGACGAUUCGUGAUGAGUAUCCGACCUCAGAUGCAAGUGCAGAGCACUCGUUCCCAGAAGAUUCGCAUCCUAAUUUACGGACCAACUCGAGAGCGCACUCAUACCAGCAGGUUUCGUGUCCUCGUGUUACGGCUCCACGCGCCAACUCCGGGGCUCCACGCUCUAAUCAUGGGGCUACGCGCCCCCCCAACUCUGGGGCUACGCGCUCAAACCAAGGGGCUUCGCGCCCUACUGCUGGGGCUUCGCGCUCCCUUGCUGGGGCUUCGCGCUCCGCUGCUGGGGCUUCGCGCCCCAAUCAACUUGUCGCUAGGCACACGGACUAUGAUGAUCUCGCUGACUACAAUGACCUCCCAGCCGAUUAUGACAGUCUCCCACCAUCAUCUCCUUUUUCACCUGCCACGCCUCGAGGUUCAAAUGUAGCCCAUGGACGAUCCCAGUACAACCGCCUGCGUGAAGACAUCCGCCAUUCAUUCGCCCCCAAGCCAGACAUUCGGAAACGACCUCGUGGUGAUUAUGAAACUAUCAGUGAGGCCGACGACAUCGAGACUGACAUGGUGGAUGAUAGGCGUCGGGCCAGGACGCACGACAGAACAAGCAUGGAUCAAAGGUCCACUGUUGGUCAUCAUGCUAAUGGAUCACCAUUCACUUAG